GCUUGAACUCUGUAGCCUGACACAGGCAGACGCAUCCCACGUGUCUACCUGAGGCUGUCCUUCCAUUUUAUGGAGGCCUUGGAUAGUCGCCUGCAGACUGGGGAGCAGUCCGGAGGUCAAGAGCAUUGUCAACCAGAGUCUCCUCACCGAGGCCCGCAGCCUAAGUCUCCCUCCCAUCCCCGGCGGCAACAGCAAACUGGCUCCCCGAAGCCCCAUGGCACACUGAAGCAACCCAAACAGACCAGAAGACAGCAUCCUGAACGUAAACGUCUCCGGCACCAGCGGCAGAGCAUCGACUCAGAUGCAGCGCUGGAACACAAUCAUGAGGCAACAAAAGCAACCACAGUUUCUAGUUUGUCACCUGGCUCACCUUCCUCAGCAGGUGGCCCCACCCGGUCCAAACCAGAAACCCCGGAGGGCCCCCCAAAACAAAAACGUGAGCGCAAGCCUCAGAGACCAGGCAAAUACGUCUGCACUUACUGCGGCCGUGCAUGCGCGAAGCCGAGUGUCCUGCAGAAACACAUCCGCUCCCACACAGGUGAAAGACCUUAUCCAUGUGCCCCAUGUGGCUUCUCUUUUAAGACCAAGAGUAACUUGUACAAACACCGCAAAUCGCACACCCACAGGGUGAAGGCAGGUCUGGCACUUGGGGAGUCGAGAACUUUAGAAGAGCAAGUCUCUGAGUCAGAAGAUGAAACCAGACAGCUUAUAUCAGCCUCUUCCCUUACAGAAAGAGAGAGCAGUGUAGCCUCAAUCAAGAGUCAUGAAACAGACAGGGCCAAAGAUUGCACCGGAGGAAACGAUGACUCUCAUGCAGUGAAAAAGAGACUAGCCCUGCGUCUGAGUCGAGGAAAACACGGUCCUCGAGACUUAUCUGAUGAAAAGACUUCAUCUCUAAGUUUAGGGAGUAAAGGCAGCACAGAAUCAGGCUAUUUCUCUCGCUCUGAGAGUACUGAGCAGUCAGGGGACAGCCCCCCCAACACAAGUGCCAAAAGCUAUGCAGAGAUCAUCCUCGGCAAAUAUGGGCGUCUCGGACACCUACAGAGGAUGUCCCGGCACCAUAACCAGCAGCCCUCUGGUCAGGAGGCAUUCACAGUCCCCAAGAAGCAGGUCAUUGAUCAUAUUACCAAACUCAUCACUAUCAACGAGGCAGUGGUUGACACCAGUAAAAUUGACAGUGUGAAGCCAAGGAGAUUCUCACUCUCCAGGAAGAAUAGUUCAGAGUCACAAAAGAGUUCAUCUGUGAAAGAAGCAUUAAUUCAGAGCCCUAAAGCUGGAGAUCUCGGCUAUAAAAGCAGUGGCUCCAUCACCAUGGGAGUUCCGUGUGAAAAAUUUCAUCAUCAAUCCCUAAAUGUGGAGCAGCCAGCUGGCCAAACAUCCACCGCCCCUUUGGUGAGAAGUCUCUCAAUGCCAUCUGCAGCAAGUUCAUUUAACGCCGCCAGUGGUGGCCUCAGUAAGUUCCGCUUAACUCAGUCCUUUGAUGAACGACAGCCCUCUGAAACGCAGGCUUCCCGCCGUUACGGGAUGCUAAGACGGCAGCCAGCUAUUGAAAUCCCACUGGGUGCCGAAAUUACAAAAGAAGAACAAGAGGGUUCUCAUUCACUUUACCCUGACAGCGUUACCACUGUGCCUGACCACAAGCAAAGCCAACCGCAGCCAUAUGAGUGUGAGGCCUGUGGCACUGGAUGCAGAGAUUGGGAGGGUUAUAAGAAACACAAGCAAAGCCUGUGUUUAGCACAUCAUCCCAGAAAUGAGGUGGUAAUUAGUCAAAUGGGGUGCUCACAGCUAAUUAACCAUGCAGUCAGAGCAGGAGCUUCAGCAAUGCGCAAGAGAAGGAAAGAAGAGAGUUUGGAAUUUGAUGAUCCCUCUUCUCCGUCAUUACCUUCUCCUGCCCUCUUGUCGGGACAGUGUAAAGACGAAAGCAAUGUGGCUUAUGAGGGGUCAAGAAGACCUCCACUACAAACCUGUUCAGUAAUUCAACAUACUCGUUCAUUUGAAAAACAGGAAUCUUUUUGCAAUGAUAGUCAAGGCACUGAGGCAACACAAAAAUCCCCACCUCAUGAAGAAUAUCAACUUGUGCCUCAGAAACAACCCCAACAUUUGACUAAACUAACAAAUCGAAAGCUGCUUCGCCAACCCAGUGUGCAGGUCCCAGAAAUACUGGUUACGGAGGAUUCCAACAUGAUCGCGUCAACCUCAAUAGAGCCGAUAUCCACAGUAAAACAUUCAGAGAAACCUGACGAGUUUCAGUGGCCACAGAGAAGUCCCUCUCUGGCCCAGCUCCCCAUUGAAAAGCUUCCUCCAAAGAAGAAGCGCUUACGUCUAGCUGAGGCCGCCCAAUUCGGGGAAUCGAGUUUUGACUCUAUAUCCGUGCCUCGAAGCCCUAGUCAGGACAGUAGUGCAUCUUACGCAUCAUCUGGCCGUUCCACAUCCUUUGAAGAGUCCAAUAGACCAGACAUGGAGAUCGCAGGAUCAACACCACUGAGGAGAUCAAGAGCUCCUCACAUGUUGACGGUGCCUGGGGUGCAUCAGCACAGAGAGAUGAGGCGCUCAGCAUCUGAGCAGGCGCCCCAUGACCCGCAACCGAGUGUCCUCAUGGCUGAGGCUCGCAGCAAGUCUUUCGACUACAGUUGUCUGUCCCCUGAGCGCUCUGCAGUCGGCUGGAGGGAAAGAAGAAAGUGCCUCCUUAUGAGACACACUGCUAUCAGAGAUCCGGAUGAGGAGGAGGAGGAGCGGUGUACCAUACCGAGCCGUAGUCCCGAACAUGUCAGCUCCACCACGUCUUCUCAAGUGGGCCCAACUUCUGUGUACUGCAGCAGGUCCUCUACCUCCCCUGUAUCAGGUGACACGGUCUUGCGUAAUCCACUAGGAUUACAAGGCAAAGAGAUCUUCUCUCAGUGGAAACUCAGUCAAAAUAUUCAGUUGACAGGCAGCACAGAACCCGCUUGUAUAGAUCCUGUAAAAGAAGAGGCCUCACACAUCCAUACAGAGCAGCCGCCUCCUGAAGCACCGCAACCCUAUCCUACACAUGGACCCUCGGGGGCCGCCAGAGCUCGCUAUCUCCCCAUGUCUACAGGGCUGAAGCUAGAGAUUCCCUUACUACAUGAUGACUAUUCAGAGGUUCGAGUAAAUCCCUCCCACAUACAGCACUCUGUCCCUCACAUCACUUCCAGUCUGGAACUCCUGAGGCCGGUCACAUCUCCAGCAGUAGCCGUGCGUCUCCAGACAGAUACACUCACCCUAGCAUGUGCCAUAUACACUACAUUUUCUCAGUCCACCUCCCCUAGGCCCCAGGAGGCAGUCGAUGCUGUUGCACACAAUAUGGACAUCCCAACGGCUGAAUACAGAAACCAUAGGAACAAAAGUCCAGACCUUCAAUCGUGGUCUGACGAUGGCUCGAGGGUAUCAGGCUCAGGGGGCAACAAACGCAUGCUUUCCCCUUCAAACAGUAUGGAGCUCCCCCCUGAGUCACAGCAGCAGCAGAAACGAGUAAAGGAAGAAGAGGAGGAAGAGGCGAGAUGUGUAGAAAAGGCAUCAGUGGACACACGCAAUCAGGAACUCAAAAGGGAAAAUCAGACAUGUCUACCGAGUGUUUGUCCUCCCAUUGCACAUGUUGGCCCAUCAAACCCCAGUCUGGUGUCCAGCACCUGUAAUAGCUGGUGCUAUUUGAACUACAUUAAACCAAACCCUUCUACUCUGGAUGAACAGAAGCCCUCAGUGUAUUCAUCGUGGUCCACCAGCGGCUAUGACCCCAACCCACCUGGCCUCUCAAGCAAGACGGCUCUCUCUCUGCUGCACUGCAAGCAAAGGCUCAGUCCCUCCAUCUACACCGUAUCCCCCAUGUCAGUCAGGACAACUGAGUCAAUGGAGCAAGAGGACCACAAAAGACCAUGCUCCACUGAGGUUUACAACAGCCAGUCGUACUGCAGAGUCCAAGAGGGAAUGACGAAGGCUCAGCUGUCGGCAGAUGACGACAGGUCAGACAGAAAAGAAGAGAGUGAGGAUGGGAAGAAGAACGAGGAGGAGGAAGUACAGUCAUGCUCCAGAAAUAAACAACCUCCAGAAGUUUGGAUCUCUGAGAGGGGAUCAAAUGAGAAGUACGCUCUCGUGCAUGGUGGAGCCGGAGGGAAGUGCCAAUGUGAGGACAGUGGAUCCCACCUUAAGGAAACCACCAGUGUGCUGCAAAAGUGCCCCCAUCGCAUCACAGAAUCCCCACCAUAUAACUGCAAACAAUGCAACCUUUCUGUCAAAGCCAAAGGAAGCCUCGUUGAACACUUGAGAUCUGAGUCCCGUGGAGAAGAAGUCUGUUGUUACCCAGAUGGCACAGAUGAAGGAGUAAGUGAAGAACGUUCACGUCACCCAGAUGAACAAAAAGAUCCUCAGUACUCUGAUCAGGGGAAAAGUCGACAUGAUGAGGAUGACAAAGCAAGGGCCAAAGAUGGCAGACCUGAUGAAGACAACAGGUCCAAGGUGGCUGAGAGCUCUCACACGUCCUCUUCUGACAGUGACAAACCUCAUCCAGGAGGCCGGUCGAUGGAGCCUGAACCCAGCCGGUCCGUCCCGCUUUCCCCCAAGGGUUCGACCCCGAAGAGCUCGGCCAGCACCAGGAGGGCCCUGUUCGCACGCAGACGCUUCGACGCUUCGGCAUCGGCAUCGGCGUCCUCCGGAGGCUCCCGUUCUCCAAGCGCUCAACCCCUGAUUCCACCGAGGGAUCCGUCUCCACCUCGUAGUCCGUCACCCAGACAUCGCCAAUCCCCUGCUCCUCUUUCCUCCCCAUCCUCACCCAGUUGUCAUGUCUCCACCUCCGCUCUGAGACCAGUCUCCCCAGUUAGAGGUCUCUCUCCUAUAAUAAUCCAGCCCCACGGGUCGGAGUCCUCUGGGCGCCCGGGCUCCCUUGCAGACUCCUUUGCUCCGUCUCAAGCUUAUCUUCACCCAAGAGACCGACUGUCUACAUCCAAAUUCUCUUUGGACGAGGUCGGUCUGACCCACACCGCCCCACAUCCCACGCGGCCUCGGGGAGCCCACACCCUCAUGAGUCACCUCCCUCUGCACUCCCAGCAGCCGAGCCGGGCCCCGAGCCUCCUGAUUCCCAUCGGGGGGAUUCACAUGAUUCAGCCCAGGUCUACCCUCCCUCUGUACAGCCUGGUGAGCAGCCCCAUAGCAGCCACAUCAAGCCCCGCAGGGAGAUCCUGGAGAUUAAGUGACGCUCCAAAGGUGAGGUUUCCUCUGCUGCAGCGCCAGGAUACUCUCAAAGAGAUGUCGCCCAGCAGCCGAGCCACCCCGCAGGACCCCGAGACUAUAGGGGGAACGUCCAGGAGCAGCCGAUCGGACGCUUUAUUACACAGAAACAGUCGAGGAUGCUUCAGCGUCCAGCAACCGUCCAGUCCCGGGACAGAGACGAGAAGUCAGGAGGUCGUCACAGACGCACAUGUUACAGAGGUGUGUGUUUACCCCGAAUCCACCCAAGGCCAAAAAAAGGCUCCUUCCUCCCAGACACAACUCUGAUAGGAGGGAGAGUCUAAAGGGACAGUGCAAAAGACAGAAAACCAGGACCUGUUUUUAAAACACAGCCCUGGUUUGGAGACCGAGGACAAAAGAGCACUUCAGCACCGCUUCUGAAUGACGCUGUUAUGUAAUUAUAUGAAUAAUAUAUAUAUAGACACUAUGUUAGAUAUGCAGUAUGUUUUGUAAAUCUUUUUUUACCCUCUUGUUUGAUGUCAUCGGUGUUAAUUUAUUUAUGUGCUAUUAUGCAAAUUCUGUACUAUAUGCAAAAGCAGCUGGAAUGAAAAUAGACAAAAGUUUUAAUCAGUUUCCCUAUUAACCCCCUUUGACAGCUCUAAUAUACUAUUGCUGUGUUAAUGUACUGUAUUACCAAAAUGGAUAUAGAAAGGUACCACAAAUAUUUAUUCACCCGACCAGUAUUUUGAAGUGCAAUUUUAUGUCGAGAUUGUGGUUUGAAAUGUCAUUCUUAAAGGCUGUGACUAUUAUUAUUUGUCAGUUUCUUUUUUUUUUUUUUUUUUUUGUUGUUGUUGUCUUUGUUUUUGUUCAAAGAAGCAGGGUUGUGAUCACCUCCUUUUUCUAAUGUCUUCAGGUUGAGUUUCAGAUGAAGACGUUUGGAGUGCACUGACAAAUAAUUUGAUAUCCAGAGGAAACCUGUUUCAUGUACAUGGUAGCUACGAUACCGUUUUUUUCAUAAAACAGAUACAUGUAUUUUUGUGUUGUUGCUUUUAUAAAUGAUACAAUCACUCUGUCAUUUUCAUG